GGAGAGAGAGAGAGACCUCCGCCUUCUCUCUGUAGUAAGUCUCCAGCUACCUGCAGGCUACGGACGCGCACACGCACUGUACACGCACCGUACUGCGCUGCUGUGUGUCUGAUCUUCAACCUCAAAGCACUUUGCAUUUUUACCUGCAGUGGACAUUACGCACUGUCACGCGUGAACGCGCUCAGCUAGUCGCACACGCCUGCACAUGUACGCAUGAACGCAGCAGCACCGCGGGAUCGAUCCGCUGAAACCUCGGAGAGGACACGGCGCGCGGAAGGAACCCAGAGGAGCAACGGCAGGAACAAUGGAGCUCGGCGGCCAUGUCUAAAGCCACGGUGAAGAAGCUGCACUGGCGCUCCAAGGUGCAGGAGAGCUUUGUCCCGCUGGGCGGUGGCUCCGGGGAGCUGGGGCUGGCCAUCGGGGGCGGGGCCGACUACGGGGAGUUUCCAUUUGUCACAGUGGCCCACGGGGGCGGAGCCAACGUGGGCGACAUCAUCUUGGAGAUCGGGGGGACACCAGUAUUAGGAAUGACCCUUGGUGAUGUCAGAGGAGUCCUUAACUCCUGUCCUCAUCCAAUCAGAAUCAAGACCGUGUCACCAGGCUCGUCCCUCUGUAAGGACCUCAGGCUGUACCUCAGUAAGUGCUUCACUCCGGGCUCCAUGGACAGUCAGCUGCAGCAGCUCAUCAGAGAGAACCUGUACCUACGAGCUGUGCCCUGUACGACCCGGCAACCUCGGGACGGGGAGAUUUCCGGCGUGGACUACAACUUUGUGUCCAUCGAGGAGUUCUUCUCUCUGGAAGAGUCGGGCGCUCUGCUGGAGAGCGGAAAGUUCAAAGGGAACUACUACGGGACGCCCCGCCCCGUCCACAUUGGCCUGGAGUCUCCACCAAUUACGUACCAGGAGCACAGGAACCUGCUAAGGAACUUCAGGACCAGAAGCAAGUCUCUGAGCAACCUGGAGAAAGCUGUGGAGGAAGGAGACAACAGUGAGGAGGACGGUGGCCCAUCAGCAGGUUUGGCCGGAGUCCCGCCCACCAUCAUCUCUCUCAGCCAAUCGUGGGAGUCGGCAGUGGGGAGCCGGGAGGGAGCGGAGAACGGAGCAGGGGGGAGAGGAGUAGGUAGAGGAAGAGGGGGAACUGGAGGAGCAGCAGCAGGUCCGCUGCCCGAGAACUGGGAGCUGGCCUUCAGUGAAUCAGGAGAGCCGUAUUACAUCAAUCAUCGCUCAAAGACGACCAGCUGGCUGGAUCCUCGCACUCAGAGCAAAGAGACGACUCCCUUCACAGAACUCCCAGAGUUCACGGAGCAGCCCGGCCUUCUGAAGGGUUACUCCAUCCACACACGGCUUGCUAAAGGGCCCAGAGGGUUUGGCUUCAACAUCGUGGGGGGGAGUCGACCCAAAGAGUUUUUGCAGGUGUACAGUGUCACACCUGGAGGACCUCCAGCACUGAAUACAGCCGACAUCCUGGUUUACAUCAAUGAGAGCAGUGUGCUGGGUAGCUCACAUAAAGAGGUGGUGGAGAUGCUGAAGGCGGUGCCAAUGGGUCAGAGCGUGGACGUGGUGCUAAGGAGAGGAUACCCGAUGCUCUACAACCCGGACGGUUGUCCCAAGCAGAGCCCGGAGACGGUGCGGGAGUCAUGUGACCACUUUUACCCCUCAACUGUAAUCUAUAAUCAGCCUUUUUGUCUGAUAUCUCAACAUCUUCAACAGCUAAAGACUCCCAGUGAGGCCCCGUAUCCCCCCAACGCUAACCAUCACCUGACCUACAGCCGGAUGGCAGACACCGACGGCUUCCCGCCAGGGUUAAGGCAAACCCCACCCUCCUACACCCCUCAGCCAAUGACCAACGGGCUGACGGGCCUGAGGACGCCCCCCUCAGCCCCAUUGCCCCCUCCUGAGAGGACGGGGCCCGCCAAUCCGAAAGACCCCGACGGCGGCCUAUCGGACGAAGGAACGCGCAGGUCUUCUCUGAUUCGCUACAGCAGCAGCACCCUCCCCACCUUCUCAUCUUCCUCCCUCCUCCACCACCAGAGCUCCAAGUCUUCAGAGAGCGACCUGUCCACGUCAACGCUCCCUACCUCGUCCUCCACACUCCCCAUCAGUUCCUCCUCCUCCCAUGCUCACUCCAAGCCAAACCCCUCUCAGCCAGAGACGGCCCUCUACCAAAGUGCCGUCGCGCACAUGCCCACCUCCUCCUCGCCUCCUGGCGCUCCAGUGCCCCAGAACUUACCCCUCGCCCCGCCCCCUCCUGGAGACCCCUUGACCUGCGGAUUCAACGGAUGUCCAGCCAACCACCCGUUGCUGUCCACCCCCCUGGCCCCCAGAGAAAACGCCCUAGAACUGCCGCUCCCCCCCCUCGAGGCGGCUCCUCCCGGGGAACUGGUGCCGGUGGCCCUAGCCCGCGGCGAGGGCGGCGGGCUGGGGUUCAGCGUGACGGCGGGGGGAGGGCGGGGGGGUCAGUUGGCGGUGGUGAGGCGGGUCUGGGACCGGAGGCGCUGCCCCUCCCUGCAGACAGGCGACACCAUCGUAAAGGUCAAUGGGGCCGACGUGCAGAGCCUCAGUGUUUGUCAGGUCCAGAGACUCCUGCAGGAACACACAAAGCAGGGGGAGGUGGUACUCCUGGUCAUCAGAGGAGGUUCCGUGUUGUCUCCGGUCGUCACCCCUAACCUCUAUAAGCCACUCCCCUCCCCAAACAGCCUGGCCACGCCUACUUCCUCCGACACCCCAACCUCACCAGACUUGGCUCUUCCGAACACCGGUGCUUUGAUGGGGGGCAUCUCCCCUCUCAGCCGGUCCGGUUUGGUACUGGAGAGUCCCGGGGAGGUACCUGUCGUAGGGACACCCCAAGAAGCCCCGGACGCCCCAGCGUCGGCCCUCAUCCAGAGCACAAGCUUUCUGGACUCUGUUCCUGUGACCUUGACGUUAGAGCCGCGUGACCUUCUUGGAGUGGAGGAGGGCGCCGGCGGGCCACUUCCCACCAGAACAGGAGCACCGCGAGGAGCACUGGGAGCAAUUGCCAAGGAGGGAAGAGUAGGAGCAACGAGGAUGGUGGAGGUGGAUCUGAGGAGGCGGGCAGGAGAAGGUUUCGGAUUUGUCAUCGCCUCUCAGGAAGCAAGUGAUGCCCCCUCCCUGAUGUCCCACCGCUUUGUUACCGUGCGUCGCGGCAGCCCGGCGGCUCGUAGCGGGCAGAUUCAGCCUGGAGACCAGCUGGAGGCAGUGGAGGGCCGAGGAGUUGGAGGUCUGCAGCACCGAGACCUGGCCCAGAUCCUCAGGAGGGCCGGGAACACCCUGAGAUUGAGCAUCACACCAACGCGCCACUCGUCCUCUCUGUUGAGGGGGGCAGACCUGGACAUCGCUGGCCGGCUGGUGAAAGGAUCUAGAGGGAGAUCAAGGGAAGAGUCCAGGUUCUACAACGUGGAUCUGGAACGAGGUCCCACAGGGUUCGGGUUCUCCCUGCGCGGGGGCAGCGAGUACAACAUGGGGCUCUAUGUACUGGGACUAAUGGAGGGGGGUCCGGCCCAGCGUAGCAACAAGAUACAGGUGUCGGACCAGCUGGUGGAGAUCAAUAGAGACAGCACAUCGGGGAUGACACACAGUCAGGCUGUGGAGCAGAUCAGGCGAGGAGGACAACGGAUCCACCUGGUGCUGAAGAAGGGAAAUGGAUACGUGCCCGACUAUGUGGAGUUGUCCAGCCUGUCUCUCUGUAUGACAAACUCUAAGCAGGGGGAGCCCUGCUUCUACGUGAUUGGACGCACUGAAAACUUGCGGCCCUGAGAACGGAGGCCUUCCUCACUCCUCCUCCUCAUACGCACAGGAGAAAGAUUCAAAGACAGUAACCACGACAACCGCCUCCCUCUGCAAGCCGCGAGGAGAAGGAGGGAA